GCCGCCCGACGUACGUGUAUUGUAUGAGAAUAAAUAAUUGGCUCCCGUAUUCUUCUUUUGACGAGAUCUCCGCCCGGCCCAUUAUGUGCCGACUAUCGCAGCCCGCGGCAUUUGGACGCCACUGACGACGCUCCCGGUCGUCUCCGCGCGAUUUCUCCGGCACCACGAUGAAUGCCUCCGAGCGAGAAGGUUACAUUCGCAACUGUACACCACCGGCGAUCGACGACUUUCCACCAGGGCUGUUUACUGAGCUGCAAAGACAGCAUGGAGCUAUUGUCUUGCACGCAUUUAUUUCUAUCUACCUCUUUCUGGCUCUUGCCGUCGUCUGCGAUAAGUUUUUUGUUCCUGCAGUCGAUAGGAUAUGUACGGCACUGAAUAUGACAAAUGACGUAGCUGGUGCUACGUUCAUGGCAGCAGCUACGUCGGCACCAGAACUAUUUGUUAACGUUAUCGGCACUUUCAUUACUGAAGGGGAUAUUGGUGUUGGCACCAUCGUCGGUUCGGCUGUCUUCAAUAUCUUAGCUGUUGCUGCAUGUUGUGGUAUAGGAGCCGGAAUGGUCGUGCCUUUAGAUUGGUGGCCUUUAACGAGAGAUUGUCUCGCUUACGGAAUUACUGUCUCCAUCCUUAUCUGUAUCAUGCAUGAUGAGUACGUGCAGUGGUAUGAAGCUUUCUUCUUGGUCUUAUUAUACGGAGUUUACAUUUGUAUCAUGUAUUAUGACAAAUCUAUUCAAAACUUUGCUAAGGGAAGUUGGCAGUGUGUUUCCGACAUGAUAAAAAAGGACAGCGAAAAACAAGAAAGUGCUUUGCCCAUUGACAAUGAAAAUAAAGAUGCUAAGUCAUCGUCAACGAUUAAGACUGAGUUGACAGUAGAUCAUCACCAACACAAUGGUAAUGUCAAAAGUAUAUCUCUCUACACAGAUGCAAAUGAAAAGAAAGCAGUAGUAGAUACCUCUCUUCGGGUUGAAAAACAUAAGAAUGAUGAUGAAAAUAUAAAUGCACAAGCUGAACCUAAGAUCAGUACAAUGGAAAUCGCAUGCCAAGAAGAGACCCAAGAGGUCAAUGAAGGAAAUUUAGAAGAAGGAAACAAGGAAACAUUAGACAAGUAUGAACAUUCAUUGUGGAAAUGGCCUACCGGAAGGAGUAAACUUACAAAGAUAACGUGGAUAAUAACCUGGCCAAUUCACCUCGUAUUUCUCUUUACGAUUCCCGAUUGUGAGAAACCUCGAUUUAAAAAUUGGUUUCCAUUGACUUUUAUAAUGUGUAUUGUUUGGAUCGGAUCAUUGUCUUACAUUGUCGCGUGGAUGAUUACUAUUAUAGGUGAUACUCUGAUGAUACCAGAUUCAGUUAUGGGGAUUACAUUCCUAGCUGCUGGAACUUCAGUUCCUGAGGCUGUUUCUAGUGUAAUUGUUGCCAAACAAGGACACGGAUCAAUGGGUAUAAGCAACUCAAUUGGAUCGAAUACUUUUGACAUUCUUCUCUGUUUAGGAUUGCCCUGGCUUAUCAAAGCUUCACUAACUCCAGCAGAACCUGGCAACUAUUGGGUGAAGAUAAACUCAAUGGGCCUGGAAUAUUCCGCUAUAUCGCUGCUUUCGACUCUUCUGUUGCUGUACCUUACCUUCUGGUUUAACAAGUUCAAGCUAGAUGCAGCUGUAGGAAGGGCGUGCUUGGCGAUGUACGCUAUGUUUUUGGUGCUAGCUACUCUCAUUGAAUUAAAUGUUUUCUUCCCGGUGAAUGUGCGUACUUGUAGGAGAACCGAGCUUAAAUCUUAAAGGUUAACACGUACAUUGUGGUCAGGAUCUUCUCCAUCUGCAGUGAUGAUUAUCACAAUUCAAAAUUGUUUUACAGAAUUAUCUCCCUCACUACUUAGUUGCCAUUUCUUAUGUUUUU